UUUUUUAAUAAUAUUCACGCCCUACAUAUUUGUUUAAUUUUAUUGUUUUACAAUUUCACGCGAUUAAAAGUCGUUAAAUCACUUUGUUUACAUUUGAUAAUGUUAUCAGUUGACAUUUAGCAUUCCCAACAAGUUUAGUGAGGUACCUAAUGAUGUUAUCUAACCUCCAAUUUGCUGAUAUUGUGAACUGAAUUAAUUAACAAUGGCAUAUGACUUAAAAAAAGAGGAAGAAGUGAAGGAAUAUCUAGAGAACCUUGGUAUCGAAUACCGCUUCGGUUGUUUUCAUGAGAAAAAGCCCGAGGUGUGUCAUCUUUUGGGCGACUACUUGGAGGCGAUCAAGAAGGAUUAUAAGAAAGCUGGAAACGUAUUUAAGAAUAACUGCCUAGAUUAUAAAUUCGGAAAAUCAUGUUUAAAAUAUGGGAAUUACGCUUUGGUUGGUAAAGGAAAGGAUAAGGGGGAUCCAUCAGAGGCGCUUCCCUAUUUUGAGAAGGGAUGUGACUACGGGGACACCACGGCGUGUCUUCACGCGGGGAUGCUGCUGACGGCCACCGGACCCGGCGUCAAUGUGAAGAGGGAUGUUCCUAAAGGUUAUAAUUAUUUAAAGAAAAGUUGUGAUCAACGAGAUGACAUGGCCUGCCACUACCUCUCCGGGAUGUACUUGACUGGUGUACCCAAGAACCCCAGUGAAUACAAUCCUCACAAUCCAGAGAAGAACAAAAAUAUUGACUAUUUGAUAAAAUCUGAUAAAAAACAAGCUUUCCAGUUUGCGCUUAAAGGCUGUGAAUAUGGUAAUAUGUUUGCUUGUGCAAAUGUUAGUAUGAUGUACAAAAAAGGUGAUGGAGUAGAAAAAGAUGCAGAACAAUCAAAGAAAUACUAUGACAUCGCCCAAAAUCUUCAAAAAGCACAUGAAACUACAAAAGAAAUCAAAUUUCAGCAAGGGUUAGAGAAAUAAUGUUGUUAAUAGUAAUGUAUGGAUUUAACAUUGUAUAGUUGCACUUUUAGCUCUCAUUUUAGUUCUAAUUGACAGUAUUGUUGUAAUAAUUAUAUUGUUGCAUUUAAAA